AUGUGCGCGUAUACUCAAACCGAGGGAUCAGUCGGGGUACCGGCCCUGGCUCUUGACUGGGCCUCCCCGGUAUCGGGUGCGGUAGAGGCCAAAGCGGUUCCGCACCAGCUCGGGAGUGCGUCGUUUGCUUACGUGGGACUGUCGCUGUGCUCUCUCCUUAGUGCCAAGAAGAGCAGAGACCUGCAGGAGUCACGGUGGAGGCGGCAGAAGGCCGCGUUCCUCCUCUCCUCUGCUGCGGUCAGUGGCCUCCUCAUCUGGAGCUACCUGGGCACCGAGGAUGGGGUCACAGAGGUGCUGGCUCAUCACAGUGAGAACCUGCAAGGCAAGUUCGUUGAGAUCCCCUGCUCUGAGGACUACGACAGCCACAAGAGAUUUGAAGGGUGCACUCCUAGAAAGUGUGGAAGAGGUGUGACCGAUGCAGUAAUCACAAGGGAAGAAGCUGCAAGAAUCCGUAGAAUAGCAGAGAGGGGACUGUCCUUGGGAGGAUCUGAUGGAGGGGCAUCCAUUUUGGACUUGCACUCUGGAGCUCUUUCACUGGGGAAGCAUUUUGUUAAUCUGUACAGGUACUUUGGGGACAAAAUUCAAGACAUCUUCACAGAAGAGGAUUUUGCAUUAUAUCGUGAUGUGAGACGGAGAAUUCAACAAAGGAUUGCUCAGGCAUUUGGUAUCAGCUCUUCUUCCAUGUACCUGACUAAGCCAACGUUCUUUUCGAGAAUAAACAAUACAGAAGCCAAGACAACACAUGAUGAAUACUGGCACCCACACGUUGACAAGGUAACUUACGGCUCUUUUGACUAUACUUCACUGCUCUACCUCUCUGACUACACUGAAGACUUUGGUGGUGGACGGUUUGUCUUUAUGGAUGCAGGUUCCAACAAGACGAUAGAGCCCCGAGCAGGCCGUGUUUCCUUUUUCACCUCUGGAUCGGAGAACCUUCAUCGGGUGGAAAAGGUUCGCUGGGGCACUCGCUACGCCAUCACCAUCUCCUUCACUUGCAACCCAGACCAUGGUAUUGGGGAUCCAGUCUUGAUCUUGGUCGUCUACACAAUACAGGAACACGACAAAGUGGUCGAAGACAGUCCUGUGGUUACAAGUAAUAUGAGCAAGUCCCUGGCUGCGGUGUCGGCACUUUGUGUCUCGGCUUUUGCACAAACGUACCCUAAGGUUCGGCGUGUGACACGAGAGGAUCACCCAAGGACACAGGAGCCCAGUAACACUGCAGGGCUGGCGCGGGACUCCUCUCAAGCGGAUGGGGGUCGGAAUAUGCCAUAA